AUGCAAGAAUGUAGCACAUCAUAUGUAAACAGGUGUACAGUAGUAAAUCUUUGUCAUCACACGUCAGAUAAAGGUGUCGCCUUCGCUGUUGAAGUCCACUUUGAAAAUAAGGACAGUGGUUUUUUCCUAAAACACACUGCGAGAUGGAAUGGAGCUGGACCUCCACCUGAGCCAAUGGGAACUGCCUUACCUGGGGCUCUACUCUCACUUGACAGAUUCACAGUUUUACAAGGUUCUUCUCCUGCUUCGGUUCGAGCUACUUACGGACCAUUUUCUACCAAACAAACAGUACCAGCUCGCUACGCAGUACCCGACCCUCUUGAACCACCUAGAAGAAAUGCAACUUUAAUUGAAUUACAAGAUGCCACUGCACAUCGACUUGACGUAUCAGCCCACCUCGUAUGUAGAGAACUGCCUAAAGAUGCUCCAGUAUUGAGAGUGCUAUUUCACACCGGUGGUGAAGGUGGUGCACGACGAGCGGCAGCCAGGCCACGUCGUGUUUGUAUAACCCUGCAUGCCAGUUUGGGAACAAAAACUUUAACAGCAACAUGUGGCCCUGAAGGCGAAGAAGGUGCUUGUUUAGCAGAAUUGACCGUACCAGCUGCAUGGUGGCCAGCAGAUGGUAAAGGGAAACGGCCACCAAAAACAAUGAAAUUAGCUUACAGUGCAGCAGAAGCAAGUAGUGGUGAAACUGGUGAAGGGGUAUGCGGCAAAGUUUCUGUUCAACCAGCGUGGCCUUUAGGUACUGUGACUCUUGCUGGAGCACGCGCUGGGUAUAGAGAAGCGCGGGCUGGAGAUACAGCACUGUUGCUACCGAGAGCGCCACUAUACCCUCAUUUUCGACUUCAUCUGCCAUUUGUUGUUCGCCGUGAUACUGGGCAUUCUAUUGGACACGUUGUUAUAAGAAUGAAGGUGAAAUCUGGACUAAGGUUGGUAAGUGUGACUUCAGCAAACUCGCAUUGGGCAGUUACGGCUGAAGUAAAACCGCGAGCUGCAACCGUGACAGCAACACGUCUAGAGCAACCCCUACGUGAUGACGAUAGUGUCGACACUGAAGUAGAAGAAAACACUGGCGCUGGUGGCCCUGGAUGGGAAGAAGUUUUAACAUGGCUGGUGGAGGUCGGAGCAGAAGGUGAAGGUGAUGCUGAAGAUUCAGAAGGAGAAUCUGGUCGAGGAACGGCUCGCAUUAGCUGGUCUGCUAAAGUAUCUUCAUCACCUAGUGCUACGUCUACUACUGAAGAAACACCUCACGAACAUCGAGUUAACACGAGACUGGACAUUGAAAAGGAUGAUAUUCAAGCUGUACUUCCUAUUUCGAAGAAUUGGGAAGUUCUAAAUACGGCCGUUCUCACUGGACGACAAGUAUCCCAGGCUAUGAAAGUGCUGAUUGUAUCUCAAGCCGGUCAGGUGGCUGACGUCACGCUACAAAGCUCUUGCCAUUCUGAAGAUGAGAGUGUUCUAAAGGUAUCGUCAUCAUGCAGUUCGGUGUAUGUGGAUGGAUCCGAAAUUCGCGGCUCCUCGAACGCGUCUGUUAUAGUGAAAUACGGCACGUACACCGGUUUGGCGAGAUUUACAGUGUGGAUGCCAGAAUAUCCCCUUGAAAUCGACGCUGAUGAUAACCGACUAUCACAAAUCAAAGGCUGGAAAGUAUCAGAUGAGGCGAACGCUAAAGACAGAUUACGGCGGUCUUUGUCGUCACGAGGGUGGGGCUCGAGGCCCGACGCCCCCAACUCUCUGACAGAUCAGCGCUCUUGCAGGCUGAGAUACCAACAAAGCAACGUUGAGGUAUAUGCACGAUUCCUGGCUAAGGAUCAUGACUCUGGCAGAGUGUCAUACUUCGUGUCGCGGCGCACUUGGCUGAAAGUAACUGAGCUAGUGUUAUCUCUAAUGCGCGUAUCGGACCCGCGUAUUGCGUUUCUGCGUGAUCGAGUGUUACAGGGCCGUAGCACCGGGCGCACUGAAGUUCAAGUGCUAUCACCUAUAACUGGACGAGUGAUCGGGCUCCGUGAAGUGCGUGUCGUGAACGACAAAGUCUCGAUCUCCCGGCUGCUGGUACGCGUUAUCUCUGGCCUGCAACUUAAUAUUUCUCCUGACACCGCAAUCGAAAACGGAUAUGUUUCCGAAACCACUGUCACUAGACGCUUGACGGCUCAAUAUCAGGAAGGUUUAUUGGAUAUUGACAUAGAGUUUUCCGAUGGAAGUCACACCGCUUUGAGAGAUGUCGCUGUCUCAGAUUAUUACUUGCUAGUGGAAAGCUUAGACACUGAAGUGGUUGCUUUUGCUCCGAUGCUGGCUUCACGACAUCCCAGGGUUAUUGCCGUUGGUGAAGGCAGCGGCGAACUUCUCCGAGUUACUCUUCUAACGCCUGAACAAUGUCGGUCGGGUCCUCUCCGGCGGGUAGCUCUACCUGGUAAGGGAGAUGCUAAGACACCAGCAAAUAUAAAGAAUAUACCAGGAGCUCUAGCAAGUGCUGCGGCGAGUGUUGAUGUGGACUUCAGUGGCGGAGAUACACCUCAAAGACCUGAUACUCCUCAAAACGACGAUAUUAUGGCUCGAGGUGGUGUCCGAACUGGCAUGUCUGAUCUUAGUGAUGUUCUUAAAGGUUUCUCGCCAUUCAAAGAUGAAAACAACCAUGAACCAACCGUGCAAGCUCAGCAAUACGGUUCAAUCUUCCGAAGCAACUCCGCUCUACAUCCACGACAUCCGCCACAAAAUAACAUGUCACAAGUCGAAAUUGGCAUGUUCGUCCUCUUGGGAGCAUUUUGUUUUGCUAUUGUGGUGUUUGUAGUAUCCUGCGUUGUUUACGCAUAUCGACUAAAACCUGCGAAUUCAGAGAACAAUACCGGAGGGACACGAUCUAUGGCCGCGGUGGCCGAGGGCGGGAGACUGCAAGUAGCUGGGCUAGUUGGUACUACUCUGGGAUUAACAAGAGACAAACCGUCUAGGGAAUCCACUACCAAUGCUCAUGAUUGGGUUUGGUUAGGUAGAGCAACAAUCGAAAGGAACGGUAACCGCCAACCAGCGAACGCUAACAGGAACUCUACACAGCCGUCUGAGAAGGGUAACAACAAUCAAGAGAUGAGGAUCACCGCCAACCCUCUUAACUACAACUACGUGGACCCAGAUGAUGCGAUCCGUGAAAACGGAAACGUCAUGGUUACAAGCUUCGACAACCCCAAUUCGAUCGAGCUGCCUUCCCAAAACGAAAAACAGGAUCGAGUCAUCGAUACAACAACAUAUUGCAAGAAGCCUUCAAGGCACACUCGUCAAAACUCCGGAGACGGUCAUUGGCAGAUGGAUACCAGCAACGAAGACGACUAUCGACCCCCCGUACCUCCCCAUAGAAACUCUGGAACCCCUCAGUCUCAAGUACUUAUGCCACCCCGAAAUUCCAACAAAAUUUUGUCAGAUACCGUCAUGCCACCUACUCGCCGAAGUCAUUCCAGAAAUCACCAUAAAAAAUAUGAUCGCGAACAUGACUCCAAACGAUCUCCGGAAAAUGGCCGACGCUCAGACAGAAUUAUUGAUUUAAACAAAAUGGAAGCCCCGUAUAUGUCAAGCCGAGAUAUCAAAGAUCACUACAAACGCGACUCCUACUCCCUGCAAUUACGAAACGAUUUUGACGACAACCCCGUGGAAAAACUCACUAACAAGGACGACUGCGCUAGACUGUUCGAAUUCGAUAACGAUGCCCCUCUUAUUAUGGAAAACAAGGAUUACAGAGAAAUCGUAGGUCUUAAUAGAGGAACGGACGACUCACGACGUACAUUUGUGAAACCAGAAAGCCCCGAUUAUAUGCACGACUCCGGAAUCGGCUUACCAGAAGUGCAAAUGAGACAUAAGCCUAAGAAUAAGGAAUCAAACGCUAAGGGUGACUUCGUCGAACCGACUGCUCCAAACAAAGGAAGCAAUUCCCCAGAGGUGAAGCGCGCGACGAUAGUCGGCAACCCGAUGUACUCCCGCGGCGAGGACGGCGAGCCCGCGGUGGAGACGCUCGGCCUCGACGACCUGCACAUGGACUACGAUCAGAUCAUGCACUAUUUCCACAACCUCAAGGAAUCGAACGCC